AUGAUAAUUAAUAUUUCAAAAUUAGAUAGUGAUAUAAAAUAUCAAAUUUAUAUUCAACAAUGCGAAAUUGAUAAUAAUAGUGAACAAGAUACAAUUGACCAUAAAUAUUUUUGUAAAUUUUUAUCAGAUGAUUUUAAAUCUAAAAUUAUCAAUAAAAAUGAAAUAGAAUCAUAUAAUUUCACAUUAUAUUUCAUAAUAAAUUUAAUAAACUGUUUUAAUUUAAUAUUUUUUAAUAUAACAACAACAUCACCAACAAAAACAACAACAACAACAACACCAACACCACCAAUAUUAACAACAAAAGGAAAUAAAGAAAUAAUAACAACAAAAAAUUUAAAACAAAAAGUUAAAGAAUCUUUUAAAUUAUUUUUAAUUUAUUUAAAUAAUGAAAAUUUCAUUAAAAAAAUAAUAAAAUCAUUAAACAGUAAUGAAGUUUUAGAUAUAAUUAAUAAUAAUAAUAAUGAUAAUAAUAAUAAUAAUAAUGAUGAUGAUGAUAGUAAUAUUAAUAAUAACUCAUAUGAAAUAUUGCAAUGGUUGAAAGAAUCAAUAGAUAAUUCAAUUUUUAAUGGUUGUGAAAUGUUAAGAAGGAGAGAACUUUCAAAUUAUUAUAAUAAUAAUAAUAAUAAUAAGAAGAAUAGUAAUAAUGAAGAUGACGAAAUUAAAUUAUUAGGUAUUGAUAUUAAUAAAGAAGAUAGUAGAAUUAUUAAAGUUUAUAAUGAAAAAGAUGGUCAACUAUCAAAAGAUUAUAAUUUUAAAUUUGAUGUUAUUGAUGAAUAUGAAUCAUUCUCACAUCCAUUCAUAUAUAGUGUUAAAAGUAGAUGGUAUGAAAAUUAUAGAAUAGGUUAUAAUUCAAUAGUACCAAAUAUUGAAAUAUUUAAAAAAUCAUUUUCAAUGUUUACUUUUGAUUUAUUAGAUGGUAUUGAUUGGGGUAGUUAUAGUGGUGAUGAUGAUAAUAAUGAUAAUAAUAAUGAAAAUUAUACAAAAGUUGUAGUUUAUGGUGGUUGUAUAUUAUCAUGUUUAGAAACAUUCCCAGGUGAUGGUAUAAAAUUAGUUAAAGAUUAUAUAGAGAUGAAAAGAAUUGAAAGAUUAAUUUUUAAAUUACCAUUACCAAAAUAUCUUUUAAAGAGAAUUACAAGAUUAGUACAUGAUGAUUAUUCAUUCAUAAGGUCAAUCAAUGAUAAACAACAAUCAUUAGAUUCACCAUACUAUAGGUCUGAUAUUGAUAUCUCAAUCAUUUCAAACUCUUUAGAAGAUGCAAAUAAAAAAUUAAAACAAGUAUCUUCAAAAAUUAUUGAAAAUUUACAUUCAACAUAUGGUUAUGAUAAUUGUGAUUAUAGAUUUGUUAGAACUCCAAAUUCAAUUAGUAUAGUUUAUUCAAUAAAUAAUAAUAGUAAUAAUAAUGAAAAUAAAAGAACAAGAAUAAUUCAAUUGAUUAUUAUUAUAACUAAAACUAUUGAACAACAAAUUCUAUUUCAUGAUAUUGAUUGUAUAUCAUUAUGUUACGAUGGUGAUAAUGUUUAUUUACAUGAAAGAUCAUUAAGGGCUUUGAAAACUCGUACAAAUUUAAUAUCAAUUAAAACGUUAACUCAUUCCUAUAGUAGAUUAUUAAAGUAUUCAUUAAGAGGUUUCAAUUCAAUUUGUUAUCAACUCUGCGAACAUAUACCUCGUUGUGAUCAAAAGGAAAUACUCUAUAAACAUGCAAAAGAAAUCAAUCAAAUCUCAUUGGAAAAACAUAAUCAAAUUUUAAAUGAUCCAACAAUCAUCACAAGAAAAGAUUUAUUAGAAUAUCAAACUAUCGAUUUCCCAUUAUUAGAUUCUUUUGAAAAUAUUUUAACUUUUCUUCAAAAUGAAUUACCUGGUCUUUAUGGUCAAUCUUUUGAUGAUUUAAUUCAUUUAGAUAAUGAUUUAAAUUUACAAAAAACAAAAUUUGGUACUUUAAAACCAAUUCAGUUUAAAAUUUUAUAA